AUGCAGCGGUAUCUCCUUGAUGGCCUUGAUGAUGUUGAAGUGGAUAACCUGCCAUUGAUCUUAUCCGUCGCAAACUUGUGCUAUAAAUCUUGCAUGAAACUGCUCGAGAGAUGCCUUGAGAUGGUAGUCCGGUCAAAUCUUGACAUGAUUACUCUUGAGAAAACAUUGCCUCCAGAUGUUAUCAAGCAAAUUACUGAUUCACGGCUAAGUCUUGGGUUAGUUUCACCUGAAGACAAGGGAUUUCCUAACAAACAUGUUAGAAGGAUACUCAGAGUUCUUGACUCUAGUGAUGUGGAGCUGGUGAGGAUGCUGCUCAAGGAAGGGCGGACUAAUCUUGAUGAUGCAUUUGCAUUGCACUAUGCUGUAGAACAUUGUGACUCGAGGAUCACAACAGAACUUCUGGACAUUGCAGUUGCAGAUGUUAAUCAUACAAAUCCAAGAGGUUAUACUGUUCUUCACACUGCUGCCAGGCGAAGAGAUCCUAAAAUUAUUGUCUCUCUUUUAGUGAAAGGUGCUCGACCUUCCGAUCUUACAUUUGAUGGAAGAAAAGCAGUUCAAAUCUCAAGGAGACUCACAAGACACGGGGAUUACUUUGGGAAUACUGAAGAAGGAAAACCGUCUCCUAAUGAGAGGUUAUGCAUUGAGAUACUGGAGCAAGCUGAAAGAUGUGAUCCACAACUUGGAGAAGCAUCUGUUUCUCUUGCAAUGGCUGGUGACUGUCAACCUGGAAAGUUGUUGUACCUCGAAAACCGAGUUGCUUUGGCGAGGAUAAUGUUUCCAAUUGAGGCAAGAGUAGCAAUGGACAUUGCUCGAGUGGAUGGUACGUUGGAAUUUACCCUUGGUUCUAGUUCAAAUCCACCUACAAAGAUGCAUUGGCCAACCGUUGAUCUAAAUGAAAAUCCUUUCAAAAUGAACGAUGAACACUUAGCUCGGAUGAGAGCCCUCUCCAAAACAGUCGAGCUCGGUAAACGCUUCUUCCCGCGAUGUUCGAAUGUGCUUGACAAGAUCAUGGAUGAUGAAAAUGCUUCCCUCGAAAGAGAAGCAUCCUCCGAGAGGAAGCGGAGGUUCCAUGACCUGCAGGACACACUUCUCAAGGCAUUCAGCGAGGACAAGGAUGAGUAUGCCUCAAGGACCGCCAUCAGUAAUCCUCAGAGCAAUCCUAGAAUCAACAUGCAAUUGGUGGGUCACAGUUCCAAUGUUGACAGAAGCAGAAAAGGGGAACAACAACUUGGAUGA